UUAGAAAGAGGGGGAGAGAGUUGGUAUGGGAGGGGUUGCUUGGAGCGAAGAAGAAGAUAAUUUGCUCAAGAGAUGCGUGGAGCGAUAUGGUGAAGGCAAGUGGCACCGCAUAGCUGUUUUGGCCGGGCUAAACAGGUGCCGGAAGAGCUGCAGAUUGAGAUGGUUGAACUACCUACGCCCAAACAUCAAAAGAGGGAGUUUUGCAGAAGAUGAAGUCAAUCUCAUCAUUAAGCUCCACAAUCUCCUCGGUAACAGGUGGUCGUUAAUUGCUGGGAGACUCCCAGGACGAACAGCAAAUGACGUGAAAAAUUAUUGGAAUUGCCAUCUCAGUAAAAAGCUCGUCAAUGCUCGACAGACUGAACAUCAAGCCUCCACAAACAUGGAAAAAUUCGUAAGACCCUAUCUUCCAAAUAUUGCAGCAACAAACGGCUCAACGAAACCUAGAAAGCCUGAUCAUGUAUCCCCGAACAACCAGUCAAAAACCGAAGAAAAAACCAUCGUGUGGACGCCGCUUCAUGACAUUGAUGUCGAUCGAUGCUGCCAGGAGCUUGUUAACGGAGAAGACAGCCACCCAGGAGUGGAGGAUCUUGCCGGUGGUUUCACAGCGGCUGCCACGGAUCAUCAGUUUGGCCAGUUGGAUGAAGGCGGCAGCAGCAGCAAAUGGGAUUGGGAUGAUUCCAUCUUUGACAUAGAUUUAUGGACGUGAGAAUGUGAUUUUUCUCCUAUGGGAGAAAUAAUAAAGUUUUAUGCUCUUAUAGGUUGAAUGGAAUUGGCUGUUAUUUGGUUUGGAAA